UAGGGCCAGCCGGAACAUGCAUUUGGUGAUGAUUCUCCAGGCUUAUAUAUGCGUGCAUCGAUGCAUGUGGCCACUGGCGAGCAGGUGUAAACUAUUCCCGGCCGGCGGCCGACUGUUUUGUUUGAUCCCCGGCCCUGCUUGAUUAGCGCGCGAGGCUAGCCUAGAUCCUCGUGGUCGGUCGGUCCAUCGAUCGGCCCGGCGACUUGUGUCUCGUUGCCUGUCUGCUUGUUUAGCUUCGAUCGAUCCGGUUCCGGCCGGCCCCGGUCGACAUGGAUCAGUGUGCGUCCAGGGUGCUGCCAAUCAUCGACGAGGGGUCGGAGUUGGAGUCGGAGACGGGGUCGUCAACGGAGGGCGUGGCGCCCGAGACGACGACGAGGAAGGCCGCGGCGGCGGCGGCGGCGAGGGCCAUAGCCGAGCGCAGGAAGGCGAUCGUGGCCAGGAUGAGGGAGCUGCUCCGGCGCGCCGUCGUGCAGUCGUCCUCGGCGGCGGCGACUCAGUCCAAGCUCCGCUCCUCCACCGUGGCCACCGCCAAGAAAUGGAAGAGGGUGGUGAGCUUCAAGAGCUGGGACCAUCAGCGGCGGCGGCAGGCCGUCCACGGCAGUGUCGACGGCAUGAGCUCCGCGUCGUCGGUGUCCAGCGCCAGCAGGAACAGCCUCAGCAGGCGGGACGCCGCAUUCCCGCGCUCCCCUCCACUGUACACCACCGCGUAUAACCAUACGAACAAGAUAUGCUUCGAAGAGAUCAUGGCGAUGGAGCAUGAGGCUCACUGGAUCACCACGGAUUCCGACUUCGUCGUGCUGGAGCUCUAGACAGCGGAGACGCCGACGACGAGGCCGAUGCCGCGGUGAUCUCUCCGACGAGCAAAUUACGUACCGAGUGGCGGGAAUUCGUUUGAGGCCCGGCCCAAGUCUUGCAAAAUCGUCCAGGCAUGAUCACACAAGUUUCUGGGCUAAUAGUAGUGGGCCUGCAGAUCAAUCAAAUAAUGGACCGACUUAUAUGUCUAUUGUAAAGGCUGAUUUUGCUUCUUCAUCUUCUUCUUUUGAAUUAUUAUUGUGCAUUUGAUAUUUGACGGCUCAAAGAGCUGGGACAGAUAUUGUAUUUUUACAAGAAGAAAUCAUCUUUGCAUAACUUAAUUAUUACUGUACAGA